AUGGCCCCGGCGACAGGAAGCAGGCAAGCGCGUGCGCGCCGGGAGAAGCGAAGCCCCCACCCGGUCGUCCCGCUGCGGGAGAGCCGCUCACUGUCCCAUCCGCCUUGGAAGCCGCAUCUCCGCGGCGCCUGCGACGUGCGAUGUGCGCUGGGCCCGAGGAUGCGCAGUGUGAGCCCAGCUGUCAAGGGCGAAUCGCGCUCCUUGGACCCCGCAGCUCUGCUCUUGGAGAAUGGCAGCUGGAGGGUCCCGGGCCGGGUCCCGUGCUGCGUGCGGCCGCCCACCUGCUGGCCGUCCCAGCACCACGGAGCGGUGAGUGAGGACGCCCCGUCUGCUUGCAGGUUCUGGCCCGGCCUGCUCAUCGCGCUGGGUGCGCUCUGCCCUGGUGGCUCGCCCUGCGGCAUUUCCACACACAUAGAGAUCGGCCACAGAGCCCUGGAGCUUCUGCACCUGCGGGACGGGGGCGUCGACUACAGAGAGCUGCUGCUGGAGCACCGCGACGCGUACCAGGCUGGAGCCGUGUUUCCCGACGCCUUCUACCCCGGCCUCUGCGAGAGAGGGCGAUUCCACGAGGUGUCCGAGAGCACCCACUGGACCCCCUUCCUCAACGCGAGCGUUCACUACAUCCGGGAGAACUACCCCCGCCCCUGGGAGAAGGACACGGAGAAGCUGGUUGCCUUCCUGCUGGGGGUCACGUCGCACAUGGUGGCCGACGUCAGCUGGCACAGCCUGGGCGUUGAGCAGGGCUUCCUGCGGACCAUGGCGGCCAUCGACUUCCACGGCUCCUACUCCGAGGCGCACCCGGCGGGAGACUUCGGCGGCGACGUGCUGAGCCAGUUCGAGUUCAACUUCAACUACCUCGCGCGGGACUGGUAUGUGCCCGUGGACGACCUCCUGGGGAUUUACAAGGAGCUCUACGGCCGCGAGGCCAUCACCCGAAACGCCAUCGUGGACUGCACCUACCUCCAGUUCCUGGAGAUGUACGGGGAGAUGCUGGCUGUCUCCAAGCUGUACCCCAUGUUCUCCCGCAAGUCCCCGUUCCUGGUGGAGCAGUUCCAGGAGUACUUCCUUGGCGGGCUGGACGACAUGGCCUUCUGGUCCACCCGCGUCUACCGCCUGACCAGCUACAUGUUGGAGAACGGGACCCGGGACUGCCACCUGCCCGAGAACCCUCUGUUCAUCACCUGCGGCGGCCAGCAGAACCGGACCCACAGCAGCAGCCCGCACGCGCAGAAGAGCGACUUCCACAGGAACCUGACCGCGUCCCUCACUGAGGAGGUCCGGAAGGGCAUCAAGCACACCAAGAGAGGGGUGGUCUUCAGCGUGGAUUCCUGGACCUCGGACUCCCUGGCCGUCGUGUACCGGACCCUGGAGAGGAACCUGCGGACGCUCUUCACAGGCGGCCCCCAGCGGCCCCCGAACCACGUGUCCAGCCCCCUGGCGUCUUACUUCCUGUCGCGUCCCUACGCCAGGCUCGGCUGGGUGAUGGCCUCGGCCGACCUCAACCAGGACGGGCACGGAGACCUGCUGGUGGGCGCCCCGGGCUACAGCCGGCCCGGCCACGUGCAGGUGGGGCGCGUGUACAUCCUCUACGGCAGCGACCUGGGCCUGCCCCCCAUCGACCUGGACCUGGACGAGGAGGCCCACGGGGUCCUGGAGGGCUCCCAGCCUGCAGGUCGCUUCGGCUCGGCCUUGGCCGUGCUGGACUUCAACAGGGACGGCGUGCCUGACCUGGCCGUGGGCGCCCCCUCGGUGGGCUCCGCGCAGCUCACGUACACAGGCGCCGUGUACGUCCACUUCGGCUCCCGGGAGGGAGGCCUGUCGCCGUCCCCCAACGUCACCGUCUCCUGUCAGGACACGCACUGCAACCUGGGCUGGACGCUGCUGGCCGCCGACGUGAGCGGGGACGGCGAGCCCGACCUGGUGGCCGGCUGCCCCUUCGCGCCGGGCGGAGGGAAGCAGAGGGGCGUGGUGGCCGCGUUCCAUUCCCGCCCCGGCCUCGGCCGCAGAGCGAACCUGACUGUGGCGUCGGCCGACUGGCUGGUGAGGGGCGAGGAGGACUUCGCCUGGCUGGGGUACUCCCUGCAUGGUGUCAGCGUGGGCAACAGGACGCUGCUGUUGGUGGGGAGCCCCACCUGGAGGAACGCCAGCAGCCGGGCCUCCGCGUCCCGCUCGCACGACAAGAAGCAGAGCCAGAGCCUCGGCCGGGUGUACGGCUACUUCCCGCCGCGCUGCCGGAGCGGGUUCACCAUCUCCGGGGACAAGGCGAUGGGGAAGCUGGGCACCUCCUUGUCCAGCGGCCACGUGAUGAUGAACGGCACCCGGAAGCCGGUGCUGCUGGUCGGGGCCCCGACGCACGAUGACGUGUCCAAGAUGGCCUUCCUGACCAUGACCUUGCACCAGGGGGGGGCCACGCGGAUGUACGAGCUGACCCCCGACCUGCAGCCGGCCCUGCUCAGCAGCUUCAGCGGAGACCGCCGCUUCUCCCGCUUCGGGGGCGCGCUGCACCUGAGCGACCUGGACGGCGACGGCGUGGACGACGUGAUCGUGGCGGCCCCCCUGCGGAUGGCGGACCUGACCUCCGGGCUGGUGGGGGGCGAGGACGGCCGGGUCUACGUCUACAGCGGCAAGCGGGCACUCCUCGGCGACGUGACGGGCAAGUGCAGGUCCUGGCUGUCGCCGUGCCCGGAGGAGAAGGCCCAGCACGUGCUCAUCUCUCCGGAGGCAGGCUCGAGGUUUGGGAGCUCCGUGGUCACCGUCCGGUCAAAGGACAAGAACCAGGUCGUGGUGGCUGCCGGCAGGAGCUCCUUGGGCGCCCGGCUCUCCGGGGCGCUGCACGUCUACAGCCUCCGCUCAGACUGA